UACAGACAACACGUCAUUCAAUCCAGUUUGGUGGUCUGUCCCAUUUUUUGUUUAAACGUGUUUCGUUCGAGUCUGUGUGUGGUGGAAGGAUCAUGUUUGUUUACAGUGGUAUUGUGUGCUGGAAGGCUGUCAAUGAUGUGUUCUGGACCGAAGUGCAAGGAGGAGCUUUUGUCAGUUCAUUUUCUAACAAAAAGGUAUAAAGGUUGAUCAUAAGUUGCUGUGGGCUUACAUUCGGUUGCUCUGAGAUUCGUGCAUUUUGUGUUGGAAAAGAACCAACCUGAUUGGUCAGAAGGAAAAAAGAUGAUUUUGGCAUAUUGAACGUUUAACAAAUAUUGUUACCCACUAUCUUUGGGGAAAGAUAGAUAAUUACUCAUGAAACAUUCAACUGAAAUAGAGCUGAAUAUAUUAUAGCAAUGGUUUCAUUCACGAAAACGAAAAUCCUAGUCUCCGAAACUUUGUGAUGUGGUGUACCUAGUGUGGUCACAGGUCAAUUCCGAGACAGAAUCCUAUCACAAUGGAGUGUAACCUUUCAACGAAGAAAGCUGGGGAUUCCUUAUGCGCCCUUAUUCGGGGGUGUCAGUGGAAACAGUCUCUCGAGUUGUUGCAGAAUCUUCAUGCUGAUUCCCAUAAUACCAAGGAAAUAGUUAAUCAUAAGGAUGGAAAAGGUGGCAUGCCUCUGAACUUGUUAUGUGAUCAGAUGGCUCGGAUGGACUUAGGAAAUAAAAUCCGGCUGUUUAAAACGUCGAAAGAAAGGAAUUCGGUUUUAUGUGAUUUUGAAGAGCCAUCGAUUGAGAUGAAAGCUUUGUGCCGUAAGCUAAUCUGUGAGGGAUCCAAUGUGAAUGCAAGGGACCACAAUAGCCAAACACCCCUCAUGCAUGCAGCACGUAGCUGUGAGGCAGUCCUUGUGCAGAUCCUCCUGGGUGCCGGCGCACACGUAAAUGAUGAGGAUAAAAACGGCAAUACUGCCUUGCGUCUUGCCCUUCUCUCUCCUAUGAAGGCUGGCAAGUGUAAUGUUGUGUCAGAACUUCUGAAAAAUGGAGCAGGCCUUCUCCACAACCACGGCCACCAAAUAAUGUCAUUGAAAGAAAUUCAAUGUGAGCAAGAGUUUUCUCAACCUCAAGUUAAACAUACCCUCCAUUCGAGAACCAGUUCCUUUGCCCGAGAUGCGGAAUAUUAUAUUGCUAAAUAUGCAAUCCAGAGCAACACACCUGGGCUUCUAGACGUUGUGAAGUCAAAAGUCAAUCUUCAGGAGUGUUGGUACCAUAAAGAAGAUUGUGAAACCCUCAUUCUGGUAGCUUGUAAAUAUUCUAAUCAUGAAGCGUUGAACAUUUUGCCACUACACGAACUCUCAGUAAACUUUUCAGAUGCAAGCGGGAGAACUCCACUUAUGUGUUCCAGCUCAAAUGGAGUCGUUGACAUUGUCAAAAUACUGUGUCGGGCAAGAGCAGAGAAAAACUCACAGGAUUUAGUUGAAGGAAAAACUGCUCUUAUGUUUGCCGUGGGCUGGCCAGAGGUUGUGAAAUUGCUACUAUCGUACGGUGCCGAUGUUAAUGUGGUUGACAACCAGGGGAAAUCUGCUCUAAUCCACGCCAUUAAGCUAAAAUCGGCUACAACUGUGGAUAUUCUCCUGGAGGCUGGAGCCAACUCAGUCGAGCAGGAUUUUCUGACGAAAAGAGGACUGCACAUUUUAAGCUAUGCGUCCAGUUUUCCAAACAACAAAAAGGUACUUUCAAGGUUACUGAAAAGGUGUCCUUUCGAUGAGAGCAUACUUUCCACUGCUCUUAAAUUUUCUGCUGACUGCAACUGUGAGAACAACGCGUCCGUUCUCAUUAAAGCAGGGGCGGAUGUAAACACAGAGGAGGGCUAUGCUUUAAGAAUGGCUAUAUUAAUGUAUAGUUCCAGAAUGGUCAGUUUUCUUUUGCACCAUGGAGCCAAAGUAGAUUUAUCCGAGGUCAGUUCAAUCUCAUUGGCCUUGAGAUCCUUGCAUUGGUAUGGGUUUAACGCCACCAUUAUCAACACUUUUAGGAAGAGGUUGAGAUCCUUUAGAUGCUGUCCAGAGGAUAUAUUGUUACUGCUCCUGGACUCUGGGGGUCGUGUAUCCGGUUGGGAUUUGAGCGAAAUAGCAAGCGAUUUCAACUAUUCCUGCGAAAUAUUGCGUUUGUUUCUUGAGAUGAGGAAACCUGACGUGAACUACAAACGUGAAUAUGGAUUUAGAACACCUCUUCUCUGUGUUAUAAAUGAAAGAAGACUUAUAUUUAAGAUUGGUUUUUAUGAAAAAGCACAUACUCUUCUACUUCAUGGAGCUGAUGUCAAUGCUACUGGUACUGACGGCUGGUCCGCCCUACAGUGCAUGGCCAAGUAUCCUCACUUUCGCCACGAGGGGGCAAUAGAACUUGUCAUUGCACUACUCGAGAGAGGAGCAGACCCAAACUACAUGAACAAGGGAAAGACGGCUCUGGUUUUAGCCAUCGAAGAACCUAAAAACUAUGAAUAUCUGAAGGACGAAUUAAAAGAAUUUGUGAGGGCAUUGCUAUGCUAUAAAGCCCAAACAGCCAUGUGCGUCGUACGACUGCCAGGCGCAAAUGGCUUUCUGCCGGCAGAAACGAUCAGCCCGUUGCACCUUGUGCUGCGUUUGGGGUACAUGGAUAUUGCAGAUCUUCUGGUUUUGUUUGGCUGUUAUACUGACGAUGACCUGUACACGAGACAAUUUGUCCAGUGCAGCAAUGAUGAAACGUUUCUUUCUCCGAUUCCCUCUUCUAGCAAUGACGAGGUUACAAGUUUUUUGUCUCAUGUUGACCUUUUACCCGGGAAACUGACAAACUUGUGCUUUCGAAAAGUUGUGGAAGUUUUAUGGUUCAAAUACCACAGUGAAGCAGCGACAUGCCUCAAUUCCUUGCCUAUUCCUAUGACUGUAAAAGCACAUUUACGUCAGCUGCUGUCUUAGAUCAAUUAAUUUAAUGGAUAAUAGUUAAGAGCAUUUUUAACGUUUUAAAAGAAAUCAUCAUCAUCACCAUCACUAUCAUCAUUAUCAUCAUCAUCAUCAUCAU